CUUCCAACAUGGCGGCUUCCACAAGUGACAGCGAUGCUGCAAUGUCGUCCGCAACAACAUCUGCUUCUGUGGCUAAUAUGGAUCCAACAGCUGAAUUUCAGUACAGUCUUAUAUUGCAACAUUUAAUAGGAGACAAACGUCCCCUCAAAGACCUGAAUCCAGCCGUGAUGGGGCCCAUGCCGAGCCCACAGAAAACGGACCAGGAGAAGAUGAUCGAACGAGGCAUGGAGAGUUGUACAUUCAAAGCACUGCUCGCCUGUGUGGGAGGCUUCGUGCUAGGCGGUGCGUUUGGUGUUUUCACGGCUGGUAUCGACACCAACGUUGGAUAUGACCCUAAAGACCCCCUCAGGACCCCCACGGCGAAGGAGGUGCUGAAAGACAUGGGUCAAAGAGGCAUGUCAUACGCCAAGAACUUUGCUAUCGUCGGAGCCAUGUUUUCCUGCACAGAGUGCAUCAUCGAGUCACACAGAGGCAAAUCGGACUGGAAAAAUGCCGUGUACAGUGGAUGUGUGACAGGAGGAGCGAUUGGGUUCCGUGCCGGGUUGAAGGCGGGCGUGUUGGGAUGCGGAGGCUUCGCUGCUUUCUCUGCUGCCAUUGAGUACUACUUGCGGUGAUGGAGAUCAGCUGGCCAAACACUGUUUAUGACCACUCAACACUGAACUGGAGUCGGAGCCCUAGCC